UUCCAUGUCAAAGGGCAUAUGCCAAGCCAAGCAGUUACCAUGGCAACUGUACAGGGUGGAAAGGUAUGUGGCCUGAGUAAGGACGUGACCUUGGCAGUCCUUCCCAGACUGCACCAGGAAGAACUUCUGCUUGAACUUGGCAGAAGGAACAUCCUUGUGGGAGAAACUUACAAGAAGGAGAGUUUAGUCAGCAAGCUGUGGUUCCUCAUGAUUAAGGAGUACCAAGGAAUGGUCCACUCAGUGACUCCAAGCAAUCCUCCUACUACUGGUACAUCCCGGAGUUCUGCCUCAGAGCAGAGGAACAUGUGGGUGACCUUGUCAAACGACCUUCAGGAGCUGAUGGAGACAGUAACGUCAACAAACACCGCCGCAAACGUCGUCCCAGUGACAAGUCCAACCAGAAGCACCAACCCCAACACAACACAAGAGCUGAUGGAGACAGUGACGUCGGCAAACGGUGAAACCAACACCGUUCCCAUUACAGGUACCGCAAACUGUCCAACACAAACAAAUGGCACAUUUACCGCCACUUCAGCCAAUGGUGUUAGCACGAGUACACUUCUCACUACUGCAGCGCAAAGCUCCUACCCAACUCAGACACAACCUUUGACAUCAGUGACAAUAGCAAGUCCCCAGCAGCUCCCUAUGUCGAUAUUCGCACAAGAAGUUGUAGUCGAGACAGCGACAGAGGAAGGAUUGUCUAAGAACAGAAUCACCUCACCAAGGAGAAGUCCAAGGCUGCACACCUCAGAGACACAAGAUAAAGCAUCGUCUUCGAGUCUAAACAACCUGGGGCAUAUUGGUGAGGUGGUUGAGACAUACCAGCCCUCAGAAGAAAACCCUGCAACCAAGGACGGACUAGGAAAAGGGAAGAGAAAGCUUUGUGCCAUGGCAGUAACAAGGUCAACGUCCUGUAGUGUGGGCUCCAACACUGUAGUGACAGACCUAGGAGCCAUGAGGGAGCUUGUGGAUGAAGAUGGAGAGGAUUCCAAUGAAGCAGAAGAUGAUGAUGAUGAUGAAUAUGAAGUAUCAUCGGAUGAUGAUGAAGAUGAAGUAUCAUCGGAUGAAGAUGAUGAUCCAUUGGAUGAUGAUGAUGAUUCAGACUGGCAACCUGAUUCACCAGUGGAGGACAGACAGCCACCCGGUAGCAGUAAGAGAAAAUCCAAUGCCAAAGAUGGCAGUUCAGGGAUUACACCUGAAGAGGCUACCACUUCACCAACAUAUCCUCAGCAGCCCCCACACAAGUUGCAGAAAACUUCAUCCAAGAAAACAAGAGAAAGGGGCUUCCAAUUAGAAAAAGAAUUGGAGUGCCCUACGUGUGGCUACAAUACCAGAUAUCCCAAGGUCAUGAAACGUCACAUUCAAGGUCACGGUCAUAAGGUCAAAUGCCCAGAGUGCGAGUUCACCACAGAGUCCACGAAGAGGAUGAAUCAGCACAUGACCACACACGACAAGACCCGCCUCUUCGCCUGCAAGUUGUGUGACUACCGAGGGCGGAAGAAGGGACACCUUCAAGAUCACAUGAGGGUCCACACAGGAGAGCAAUCCCACAAGUGUAGGGAAUGCAACUUUACCUGCAAGUUCCGUGGCACACUUACCCAGCACAUGGCAAUGAAACACGGCACCCAGUGCCUGCUCUGUGAGCAGUGUGGUUUCAGAACCACUGGAGGGUAUGCGCUAAAAGUCCACAUGCGUAAACACACCGGCGAAAAACCUUAUAAGUGCUCAGAAUGCUCUGCUGCAUACAGGGCAUCAAAAGGCCUUGAACGACACGUGAAGGCCUCCCACCCAGGCAAAAACUGUUACAAGUGUGACUACUGCCCCCACCUUACUGAAAGCCUGACUCUUUUACGUGAGCACAAAAAGAUACACAAGGCCGCACACGAACACAAAUGUCCGGUGAGGUCAUGCACAUUUUCAUCUGACGACAGGGACAAAUUCUUCGAUCACCUUUCCCAAACACAUGGCAAGAGUCAACAGUACUUCUGCAACAUUUGUAACCACAAAACCUACUUAAUGCGUGAGCUAAAGGAACACAUGAAAACCCAUGGUGACGUCUUUAAGUGUGACAAGUGCGAGUUCUCUGCCAAUACCUAUGCUACCUUUAGGCAUCACAUCGCAAACCACAAGAAAACUGAGAAGUACAAAUGUGAUAAGUGCGACUUUACUUCCAAUUCAAAGUCUGUUGUCCUCAGGCACACCAAAGACCAUGGAGAUAUCCCAUUCCAAUGUCCGCACUGUGAAUACAAAGCAGACACACAGGAUGAUUUGAGUAUCCAUCUCGGAAAGCACGCUAAUGUGUUUAAGGCCAUCACUUGCGGCUUGUGUGGAUAUAUUGCAAAAACUGAGGAAAGGCUGGAACAGCAUAUAGCAGAACAUGACGCUGGACUAAAAAUGUACAAGUGUGAUUUUCGUGGCUGCGAUUUCUCAACUCCAGAUCAUAAGUGUUUUGUUCGUCAUGUGACUUCGCACGAUCCAAGCCGCAAGUAUCCAUGCAAGGUUUGUGACUACAGGGCAAGGAAGAGGUCAGACCUUGCAACUCACAUGCGCCUUCACACCGGAGAAAAACCUUUGAAGUGUUCCAAGUGUCCUUUCGCUGCGUCUCUACUUAACGAAUUGAAGCGUCACGAAGCAGGGCAUGGAAGCAACUACCCGAACAUGUGUAAUAUGUGCGGAUUCACUGCAAGAAGCAAAAACAGUUUAGCCGAACACAAGAAACUGCACAGUGGAGAGGCACUGAUGGAGCACCCAAGCAUUGGUAAAGAAGGGGCCGAAACACACCAGUGUUUGCACUGCGACUUUAAAGCAUCAGAUGGACAUGAACUGUAUUUACAUGCCAUGAAACACAUUAAUGAGGAACAAGAGGAUGAGGGUGAUGGGAAUGAUGAAGAGGAGAAAAAAACUGACAAGGAUGAUUCGAAUUCUUAGAAUUUGUUCAAACAAUUUUGUUUUCAAAAUGAAUUUAUGAAUAAUUGUAUGAUCAUUGAUAUUCAAAAGACUCAGGCCUUGAAAUUAUUGACUGUUUCAUUCUUAUGACUACUAGUAAAUAUAUGAUUUUUUUGAUUGUAUGAUUUAUUGAAUAGAUUUCAAGAUAACACUCAGGUACAAAAACCAUGAAACAACCAUUGUUGCUCAUCUGAAUUACCUGUAUCUUGAACAUUGGUUUGCAGGGUUUUGCCUUCUCUAUCUUAGACUUAGAGGUUGGGUUACAAAUAAACAAAGAAAUUGCUUAUAUUAUUAAAGUACCUUUGCUUGAACAUUGAGUAGAUUAUUACAAGUCAACUAGAAUGAUAUUGUUCGAUUUAUUGAAUUGUUUCCAAUUAACUUUAUUAUAAAGUAUUAGAAAAGAAA